GCGCAUAGUUUCUGUCAUGCAAAUCGCCACAUGUUCACCGAAGAGAAUAUCGCGACAUCCUGCAGCCAAACCCCUUUGAUUUUUAUUUUGGCAAUAACAAAAAGACGUUGAGACCAGCGUGCAUAUACCAGCCCUCUGCGCCACCUUUCCGACACAUAAGGCUGGAAAAGCCAAGCUCAGCCGCCUCGUCAUGGAGGGUGGUCAUUGGCUAUCACAAUGUGGUCUCAGAAGCCUCAGGCACGAGGUUCUCGGUUAAAUACGGUGCCAGCUGUCGCUCGGUGCAGUUUCGAAAACGCCUCGUGUGCUGAUUUUGGCACUUGCACAUGCUCUCUUAAUUUCACACUCGGAUCGACUGGCCAUGAUAUGGAUGAGACACAGGACUUGGCACGAGAAGACAGUGCCUCAGCGUCCGGACGGAAGUUGGCAGAAAUCGAGUGCGAAAGCGCAAUCGAAGAUCUGAAUGGCUCAGAACCUACGUGGGAGGAUCCCGGCGACUAUCAUAUCUCGCGGCUAUUCGAAACAGACCAAAAGGAAGAGCCGUCUCCCGAUGAUAAUUCAGGCCACGAACCGGUUCAUCGAAGAUGCGGCAACUACCAGUCGCUCUCGAAAUCCGCCAAAAGACGUGUCCGGCGAGGAGUCAAGGCAGAGGAGAUGCGAAGCCGACAUGAUGACCCUCCUGCUAUACGUCUGAGCGAAGAGAAGGUGUUUGACUGGUUUCAUGUCGGAGAGGUGCAACAGGGAAUGUCACUGGGGCGCAUUCACCGGUGGCGCAAGCGCAGGCUCUCGCGCAAGGCCAAUCCAUUUGUCAAUUGUGUUGGCGAGUUCCAUCACUUCGACUGCAGACAUAUCUUCAAAGUCUUAUGCAAAAACUGCGCUCAGGGAUGGAGGGCGGGACACUCAUGUUUUGCACCUUGUAUUAGCACCAUGCACAAGUCCGACCACCUACGCUUCAAGCAACCCUGCCCUCACUGCUUGAAGCUGCCAGCCGAGAAGUACUUGGCGCGAAAGAAGUUAAUCAAGGGCACAUCCGAUCCUUGUAGGGAUCUGGUUGAUUACCUCUGUUGUUAUUUGAGCGCCGACGGUACAAGGAACCAUGCCCUGCAUGAUGAGGGUGAUGAUAUGCACGGGAAAAGAGAGGUUUACUUGAUCACAGAUAUCCAGGCAUUCACUUAG